GUGAAUCAAAAAACGCAAUUGUAGAAGAAGACUGGUGGUGGUUGGUAAAUUGAAACCAUCGUCCUUUUCUUCUAUUCUCCCUCAAUCGGUCUUCCCUUUUUCUUGCCCCAUUCAAAUUCACUUCCAUUCAGAUCUUCUCCGCCGGCAGUGACGGCACUUUUUGGAACCUAGAUGACCCACGAUCCCAACUCAUUUCUACACAAUUCAAUCAGGACCUGAAUCCUUUUUCAUUUCCAUUCGUUUUGGAUUGAUUGAACUUAGUUUGACGUCUACGUUGGGAACUGCUAGAAUAGCAUAGGAGUGGUUUACGACGUCUGCUAAAGUUUGGGCUGUUGCUUCUUGAAUGGCGAGUGGUCUUGAUGAAGACGCAGAUGUUGUGCUCAGCGAUGUUGAAGGUGACGAACAUCCCAUUACGAUCCAGAAUCCUUCUCCUGAAGAAAUCACUGUUGAGAGGUUUAGGGAGAUUCUUGCGGAGCGCGAUCGUGAGCGGCAAUCUCGAGAAGCAGCAGAGAAUUCAAAAUCGGAAUUGCAAGUGUCAUUUAACCGCUUGAAAGCGCUUGCCCAUGAGGCAAUUAAGAAGCGAGAUGAGUGUGGAAGACAGCGGGAUGAAGCAUUGAGAGAAAAGGAAGAAGCUUUGAAAUUGAAUGAAAAGGUUUCUGCAGAGUUGGCUGAGGCGAAUCGGCAAAGAGAUGAGGCCUUAAAGCUUAGGGAUGAGAUUACUAAGGAGUUUGAUGAGAUCCUAAAGGAUAGGGAUACUCUGAGAUCAGAAAUUGGUAAUGCAUCCCAUAUGCUUGUGACUGGGAUUGAUAAGAUAUCUGCAAAAGUGAGCAGUUUCAAGAAUUUUACGGCAGGUGGGUUGCCUAGGUCACAAAAAUAUACAGGAUUACCUGCAGUUGCCUAUGGAGUUAUUAAGAGAACAAAUGAAAUCAUUGAAGAGCUUGUUAGGCAGAUUGAUACCACGACAAAGUCGAGGAAUGAAACUAGGGAACAGAUGGAGCUUAGGAAUUAUGAAAUUGCCAUUGAGGUUUCUCAGCUUGAAGCUACUAUUAGUGGGCUCAAAGAUGAGGUUUCCAAGAAAACUUCUGUUAUUGAAGACCUUGAAAACACUAUCAUCGAAAAAGAUAAAAAGAUAUGCGAAAAUGAAGUAGAUCUGGUUGGUAAAUUAAGACGGGCCGAGGAUGAAGCUUCUGACCUGAGGCAGCUUGUGCAGGAGUAUGAUGACAAGUUAAGGGAUUUGGAGUCUAAAAUGGAGUCCCAAAGGCCUUUACUUGUAGAUCAGUUGGGUUUAAUUUCUAAAAUUCAUGACCAAAUUUAUGAUAUUAUUAAGAUAGUUGAUGUUAGUGAUGUGGACCAUUCUGAAUUUUCAGAGUCUUUAUUUCUCCCUCGGGAAACAGACAUGGAGGAGAAUGUACGUGCAUCAUUGGCUGGAAUGGAAUCUAUUUAUGCAUUGGCAAAACUCGUCAUGGAUAAGACAAGGAAUUUAAUUGAGGAGAAGAUCCGUGAAUCUAAGAAUUUAAAUGAGACAGUUGCCCAGUUGCUUAAGGAGAAAGAACAUAUUGGAUAUUUGCUAAGGACUGCAUUAUCUAAGAGAAUGACAUCUGAUCCAUCCUCAAAAGCAAAUCAAUUAUUUGAAGUAGCGGAGAAUGGUUUAAGAGAGGCUGGAAUUGAUUUCAAAUUCAGCAAGCUUCUUGGAGAGGAGAAAUUUUCUACUACAAGGGACAAUAGGAAAGCACUAGAUGCAGAGGAUGAAAUAUUCACCCUGGCUGGUGCUCUGGAGAAUAUUGUGAAGGCAUCUCAGAUUGAGAUCAUUGAGCUACGACAUUCACUGGAGGAGUUAAGGGCAGAGUCGGUUGUACUUAAAGAGCGCCUAGAAUCUCAAUCCAAGGAGCUUAAACUUAGAUCAUUACAAAUUCAGGAACUUGAAGAAAAGGAGAGAGUUGCCAAUGAAAGUGUUGAAGGGUUAAUGAUGGACGUCACAGCUGCGGAAGAAGAAAUCAUAAGAUGGAAGGUAGCUGCAGAGCAAGAAGCUGCUGCUGGCAAAGCUGUUGAGCAAGAGUUUCUGGCACAGCCUAUGAGAUCAAAAGCUUUUACCGUUGCUGGUAACCAAACAACAUAUAUCGUCAGCAUGUUUUGUGAUGACAGACUUCCAUUUGGUAUUGGCAGAUCUCAGGUGUUAAACAGGAACUUGAAGAAGCAAGACAGGUGAUAUUGGAUUCAGAUAAAAAACUUAAAUUUAAAGAAGAGACGGUAAAUGCUGCCAUGGCAGCCAGAGAUGCAGCUGAGAAAUCAUUGAGACUAGCGGAUGUGAGAGCGUCUAGGUUGAGGGAGAGGGUGGAAGACCUUACCCGGCAGCUUGAACAGCUCGAUAACAGAGAAGAAUCGAGAAUAGGAAGUUCAAAUGGUCAUAGAUAUGUUUGUUGGCCAUGGCAAUGGCUUGGACUUGAUUUUGUUGGUUCUCGGCACUCUGAAACACAACAACAAGAGAGUUCAAACGAGAUGGAACUAUCUGAGCCACUUAUCUGAGAUUUUUCUUUCUUUGUAUUUAUUGUGAAAAUGAAAUAUUAGAAGAUUUAUAGAAAAAAAAUACAUCAAGUAGAUUUGUUAUUGAAUGCUCCGGGGUGAUUGAUUGUUUUUCUGAUAAACAGUUGCUUUGAGCAAAAGUGAAUAUAUUUAAAUGUUAUUCUUUCAUGUUUUGUUUACCA